CCCUCGUGUGCAGGGUCAGAUGUGAACAGAAACCCGUGUGAAAAUGGAAGGAGACGCGGCUCCUCCAAACACCUGGGCGGCAAGUAAAGCAGGAUAUGUCCUGAGUAAUGUUGCCGAAGUCGUAGAGAGGAUUCUGACAUUCGUGCCGACUAAAACUCUCUUUCGGAUAGCAAGUGUUUGCAGGCUAUGGAGGAACUGUGCACGCCGAGUCCUGAGGACCCAGCAGAGACUGACCUGGCUCUCAGCCACUGGCUCAUCUAUGUAUCAGGAGCAUGUUUUGCUCAGAACUAUGGCAGAAGACUUAGAGAAUAUCUACCUGCUACCCCAGACAGCUCUCUUAAUGCUAGACGGAGAGAACUUCAAUGGGCCUGUUGGUUACAGACACAAAAAGGCCAGGAAGUGUGAAGUGGAGUCAAACCCUGUCGAGAAGCUGAGAUACUUACUGCCUAGCAGCUGCAACAUAGUAGGCGUUGUCGCACCAGGAAUUGUGGUGACACCCAGUGGUUUACCUAGCAACCCCCCACAGGAGUAUGAAGAGGGGGAAGCUGGCUUCAGCCUGCUUUUCCCUGCAAUGGAUGGGGUCAGCAUCCGGCCUUUCCACUUCUGCAAAAAGAGCCUCAGUGAAACAGCAAUGGAGGAAGCUGGGUUGAUUAACAACCCAGAUUUAAAGGUGGUGCUGAUGUUCGACUAUGAGACCUAUAAACCUGGAGGUGGGCGCUUUCUUAACAAGCUACUGGAACCCCUUUCCCAAAGUAAUGUACUUAUUGUUGGAGGACAAGUGGAAAGGGUCUUUUCCAAUGACUUUACCUGCUGUUCCCCAGGCUCUUUUGGGGCAGUGGGACUGACCUUUAAUGGCUCCAGGAUCCAGGGUGCCUCAGUACUGGUGGAACAGGAUGUAAGUAGCCCCAAAGCAGCAGAGGCCACUAUCCAGCGGCUGAAGGCUGCCAAUAUCCCUGAGAGAAACACCAUUGGCUUCAUGUUUGCCUGUGUGGGGCGUGGCCACAACAGCUAUAAUAACCAGCAUAAUGUGGAGGCUGACGCCUUUCGAAAGAUCUUCUCCAAUGUUCCACUUUUAGGAUUCUUUGGAAAUGGAGAGAUAGGCUGUGACCGCAUUGUCAAAGAGAACUACACACUGAGUGAGACUGAUGCUGAUGGACUACAACACUCUUUUACUACAGUCAUGAGUCUGGUGCAUUUUGGCUAAAAUGCACUCAAGCACGCACAGACACUGAAGCACUGCAAGGGACCAAUCAAAUCCUAGUUAACUUGGUGUUUCAGGGCAAACUUAUGCUGCAUCCCCGAGCAGGUCUGGUGGUCAUCUGAUUUAAUUCUCCAAGGUUCUUUCCCAUGACUUUUCUUAAUUCAGGAUGUCAGAGGGACACUUUGCAGUUUUUCGACAUCAAAUUUACAAGACUGCCAUUGAAUAGCAUCUGUCAUGAAUUAAAAAUGGCUGGUGCAAACAUGGGAAGUGUUGAAUAUCAGUUUUGGUGAUGUUAUCAAAAUAUAAAUUAAGAGCUUCAGAGAGCAAAAAAUAAAUAAAUGUGUUUUUAGGUGCAAUUUUGACAUUAUGUGCAUUUUGAUGUCUGAAAAUGCUGAAGUGUCCUCUUGCACAUUGGUUGGUAAAGCCACUGGUUACAGAAAGGUGAUAAAGAAAGAAUAGAAUUUAUUUUAAAUGGCAUGGUGCUAAACCUUGGCGUUUGACUUCACUUUUAUAUGUAUGUAAUACUCUGUGUAGAGCAGAACCGAAAUCUGUCAACUGAUCAAGAGAUUUUUCUUGUGGGCUUGUAGGCUCACUCAAGCCUUAGAUACAAAGAGUUUGUAAAUAAUUAUUCAGGCACUUUUGGAAUAAUUUUUUUUUUAAAGCUAACUAUGAUGGAAUGGCUAAUGAAGCAUCCAUUCAUCAAACUUGGUACUAGUGGAAUUCCAGUAUCAUCAUUUCUGGUCUUUUUAAAGAAAGAUUUUAGCUGCCUAAAUGUACUCCAGACUGAUUGCAGACCCAGUGCUUGCAUUCAGUAACAAGUGCUAUUAACCACUGAUGGAAACUGAAAGAAAAACAUACGCUAUGGAAGGUGAGUUGGCCCUGAAAAGGUUUCUGUAUUAGGGUAAGGAACGCUUAUCCCUAUCAGCGCAUAUCUAUAUAUGCAGUAAUGGAUGACUUAUAACUUGCUGUAAAUACCCAGAUGAGUGUAAUAAAGAGCAGAAGUGAGAAAAAAUUCGCUCUACGCUAAAUACAUCAAGACCAUUCUUAAAUGGAUGUUUCUAUUGAUGACUAAAACCAAAACAGUUUAUUUGUUCUGCUUCAUUAAUUCCAACAGGACACGCCUUCAUUCCGAUUCAUCAACUUAUGUUGCUAGUUGACCAUUUCAUUAAAGUAUUCAGCUUCUGUGUGCUUGCUAUAUUUCACAAAGGGUCUACUGGCUCUGUUGUGAAGAUGAGGUAUUGGUUUGAACGUUGUUAACAUUGGUUUAAAAAGUGCAGUGUAUUUGUCAAAUCUCUUAUUUUUGUCAACCUUUGUUCUGUUCACUGUGCUAUUGUAUUGUAUGGCCUACUGAUAGUCAGCUUGUUUUCUCCUGCCUUAUCUGUGUGUCAAAUGGAGAGUUGAUUUUAUUUGUCGUGUUUUGUGGCAGAUUGUUGGUUUUCCCUCACUAUAAAAAAAAUCUCAAUCAACAUGUGAUGCUCAAAUUAGAGUCACACAGUUGUCGGCCAAUGAUGUCUACAUUUAAUGAAUGUGAUCUGAGCAAAGCACAUGUCCAUAAUAAAAUCAAUGGCAACAUCUGU